CAAACGUAUCAAUGCCAGCCUAAGCAGUAUUAGCAAAAGAUUGCUUUUAUUGAAUAGAAGGAACUAUAUGAACGCCAGGAAAUAGGGACCCUAAACAGACAUUUCAAGAUGCUGUGCCAUUACCCAUGUCUGAGCUUGUCCACACUUCCAUCCUGAUGUCCUUAUGUGGGUGAAGAGGAUCCCAACCUGGAGCCAGGAACCAACACUGAAAGGCCUAUAGCUUGUGGCCCUCACCACCUCUACAGCAGUGUCACCCUGUGGACCCACUCACCCAGUUGAAGGAGGCUCCAGGAGAUAACAGAGAUGGGUCGUCACCAGGGUCUGUUAACGUUCAAUGAUGUGGCCAUAGACUUCUCCCAGGAGGAGUGGGAGUGUCUGGACUCUGCUCAGCGGACUUUGUAUAGAGAUGUGAUGUUGGAGAUCUACAGCAUCCUGGUCUCUGUGGGCCUUUCAGUAUCAAAAUCAGAGCUACUCCUCUGUCUUGGACAAAAUGAAGAACCCUCCAUUGCAGGCAUGAAGGAGUUAAAAGGUAUAGAACCAGCCUUGUCUUGCUUUCAUAACAAGGAAUUGUUCAAAAUGGAGGGCAAACAAGAAUCUGUCCAGAGAGAAGGAUUGGGACAAUUUGGAAGUAACAGCCUCAGAAAGUUAGAGGUAAAUCUACCUUGUGACAGGGACUACAGUGUUGAUCAACAUAAGACUGUGUGCGUGAAUCCAGUAGGACAUGAAAGACAUCAUCGGAUGGGUACUUCUGAAUAUCCCCACAGACAUCGUGAAGAUAAUAAAGGCCUUACUACAAACUUCGCACUACAUAAUAACCACAACCAUCAGUUUACAGAGAUUGUUGACCAAGGUAACGCCUCAUGGGACAGCUAUAAACAUGAUGUGACUCCCAGUGAUGGACAGAUGAGUAAUUGUUUUCUGGAGAAUUGUUACAAUAAUGAUAGAUGUAGGGGUGUCUCUGGUCAGUGCACACAGUCACCUUUGCACCGGCAGGACUAUAGCCAAGAGAAGCUGUCCACAAGCAAUCAGCAGAAUAAAAUGUUAAAUGACUCCUCCAAUUGUAGUCAGUGCACUGAAAUGAGGGCCAGAGGAGAAUCUAACAGACAGAGAUCUGGUAAGUACAGCAACGUCUCAGCAGAGUCAUCAAGCACUGAGAGGGAUAAGGUCAAUGACUUUGGAAGAAAACCAUGCCUGUUUAUGGGAAGUGAUAAAUCCUUCAAUUUCUAUCUAAAUAUGACUCAAAAUGAUUUAAGCCACACUAGAGAGAAACCUCAGAAAAACCAAAUAUAUAGACUGCAGUUUACCCCUCCUUCUAAACCUGUUGGACAUCCAAGAUCCUCAGUUCAACAAAAAUGUAAGAAAUCUGGGAAAUGCUCCAGGAGUUUUCCAACCCUCACUAGACUUAAGAUGCUUCAAACUGGAGAGACAGCAUGCAAAUUUACAGACUCUGGAAAGUCCUUUUCUCAAUUCUCAGGCCACAGAGAGAAUUACACUAUCCAUACUGGAGAAAAACCGUAUAAAUGUAAAAUAUGUAAAAGGUCUUUUACCACAGGUUCAUAUCUGCAAGCUCAUCAAAGAAUACACACUGGUGAGAAACCAUACAAAUGUAAAGAAUGUGGCAAGUCUUUUACUCAUGGCUACUCUCUUCAAAUUCAUCACAGGUUUCAUACUGGAGAGAAACCUUACAAAUGUACAGAUUGUGGCAGGUCUUUUGCUGAGGGCUCAUCUCUUAAAUCCCACCACAGAAUCCAUACUGGAGAGAAACCCUACAAAUGUAAAGAAUGUGGAAAGUCCUUUGCCAGACGGUCAAAUUUUGAAGCUCAUAGCAGAAUUCAUACGGGAGAUAGACCUUACAAAUGUACAGAUUGUGGCAAGUCCUUUACCAGGAGCUCCUGUCUUCGAAAACAUCACAGAACCCAUACUGGAGAGAAGUCCUAUAAAUGUGAAGAAUGUGGAAAGGCUUUUACCCAGGGUUCAACUCUUAAAACCCAUUACAGAAUCCAUACUGGAGAGAAACCUUAUAAAUGUAAUGAAUGUGGCAAGUCUUUUGCUGAGGGCUCAACUCUUAAAACCCACCACAAAAUCCAUACUGGAGAGAAACCCUACAAAUGUAAAGAGUGUGGGAAGUCUUUUGCUGAGGGCUCAACUCUUAAAACCCACCACAGAAUCCACACUGGAGAGAAACCUUACAAAUGUAAAGAAUGUGGCAAGUCUUUUACCAUGGCCUCAGGUCUUCAAAUUCAUCACAGAAUCCACACUGGAGAGAAACCUUACAAAUGCACAGAUUGUGGCAAGUCCUUUACCCAGAGCUCACAUCUUCAAAGCCACUGCAGAAUCCAUACAGGAGAGAAACCUUACAAAUGCAAAGAAUGUGGCAAGUCUUUUGCUGAGGGCUCAUCUCUCCAAAAACAUCGCAGAAUCCAUUCAUGAGAGAAUCUUUACAGAUGUAAAGAAUAUUCAAAAUCCAUUACCUGGUUCUCAAAUCUUAUAGAUCAUCCUGAAAUCCAUACUGGAAACAAACUUUACAAAUGUAAAGAAUGUUUGAAAUCCAUUACCACAGGCUGUAAAUUUAGAACAUAUUAUAAAAUCAAGGGUAAUUACUGACACACUGUUCACCCAAGAAGUAUAUAUUUUUGAAUGUGAAGAAUGGAUGGAAACCUUUAACCACUCACUGUUCAACUUUUCAAUAUUAGAGUCACACCAGUUAGCCUUAUACUGGUAUGAAUUUGAAAACAUUUUACCCAGUGUGGGGAUUUCAAUAUGCUUGGCUGAGG